CAAAACAAGAAAAAAAAAAGAGAGGUCAGGGCCCUUUCCUUGUGUGUAUUACUGCCUCAGUCUGCCAUGUUAUCGUUGACUCGAUCGCUUUCCAAACUUUCGCUUGCAGGCUCAACAAGAGUAACGGCAGCAGGUAAGCUUACUGGAAAAAAGAAAGAAAAACAUGGCCUGGUUAUCUUCAUUGCCGUUUUUUACGCCUUCUAUUUUUUAGCUACAUGCACGGCCAUGCGACACUAUGCUUCGGUCGAGAACGGCAAGCGUCUUCGUCACCCAUCGCUUACCAAAGAAAACGCUCCUGAACUCGAUAAAGUGGACGCCAUUCUCGAUUUCCCUACCGAAAAGCCCAAUACGCUCGAUCAGCCCAAAGGGUUCCUUCCCUACCGUCCAACUGAAACGGUGAUGAACACUGUGACCAGUAUUGUCGACUCACCCUUGGAUGGUCAGACUCAAUCCAGACUUAUAAAGAAAGCACUUGUCGUUAAACGUGUCGUCAACAUGAAUGGCAAGGGUAAACAGCCUUCUAUGUAUGCGUUAGUGGUCGUCGGCAACGGCAAGGGUCUUGCUGGAUAUGGCGAAGGCAAAGAUGAAGAAGCUUCUCGAGCUGUCCUCAAGGCGACGAACCGAGCCAUCAAAAAUAUGCGAUUCUUUGAACGUUACGAUGAUCGUACCGUUGCCAUGGAUAUCGUUCACAAAUUCCAUGCCACCACCUUGGAAUUACGAAGCCGACCUCCAGGUUUUGGAUGUCGGGCGAACCGUUACAUUCACGAAAUCUGCGGAUGCAUUGGCAUUCGGGAUUUGAGUGGAAAAGUGCGUGGUUCAAGACUGCCCAUGAACGUCAUCAAAGCAACCUUUGAUGCUUUAUCAUCUCAGAAAAUGCCCCAAGACAUUGCAAAAAUCCGAGGAAAGAAACUGGCCGAUGUUCAACAUGUAUACUAUGGCAGCCGAUAAUUCACCCUUCAUCACUAUAGAAAAAAAGAGAAAGCAAAUGUUUUGUAAAAUGAUAAUUUGAAAGAAAUGAAAAUUUGUACCUGCAUAUUUAGAUAGAAUCUAUAACUGCUCCAACAGCUCCAGAAAAAAAAAUAUAAAGUGACAUGCUGUAAACCA